GAAUGCUGCAACAAUAGACCAAACAUGUGUGUGGUCAGGAGACAGUAGCAGCUUCCUGGUAUAUCAUUCCGAAAAAUCCGGCCGCAUCCGCAGCAGACAAAGCCCUCUUCCUCUUCCUACAACGUCCUUACGAACCACUACCUGUCAAUACAUCCAAGUUUUUUCCUCUCUGAGACGUAGCUUUGUGAUAUUAAUUACCGGCAUUGUUCAUCCUGGGGAAGGAGCUGCGAGGAAGAUGGAGAUCGCUGCCAUCGCUCUUAUUCUGGCGACGAUGAUCGCCUCCAAAGCCGCAGCACAGAACAACGGUUGCUCGAGCGUGAUGAUGACCCUAUCCCCAUGCCUUGACUUCAUCGGAAGCAAAGCCCUGGAGCCCGGUUUCUCCUGCUGCACCACGCUCGCCGGCAUCGUCCAGACCGACCCCCGUUGCCUCUGCAUGGUUCUCGAUGGCAGUGCGGCGUCAUUUGGCAUCGUCAUUAACCACACGAGGGCCCUGGAGCUCCCUAGCAUCUGCAAGGUCCAAGCACCGCCGAUUAGCCAAUGCACAGCCAUCCCAGUUCCUCCAGCAACAGCGCCAGAAGACCCACCGGAGGAGACGAGCAACCAAGUCGCAGAUGCACCUAAAGAUCAAAAUUUGCUUCGACUAUGUCGUCCAUUUCUGGCCAAAUAAAAGUUUUGGUACACAUUACUGCGGAGUACACGAGUAUUUACCACCCUAGACCAAUGUAAGUUAAAAAUUUCUGGUGAUCAAGGUAAAAAACUGCUUCCAGAACUACACGAUGAGAUCAACAGUAGUCUAAUGUUCCUCCAAUCCAGUAUGCAAUAC